AUGCAGUUCUUCACCACCGUCGUUCUCUUCGCCGCCGCCGCCAUGGCCCUGCCUGGUGGCCAGCCAUCUGCUCCCUACAAGCCUUGCCCUAACGAGCUCCUCAAGGUCCCCCAGUGCUGCGAUACCGAUGCCCUCGGUCUCCUUGGCCUCGGCUGCGUGGCUCCUCCCAACAAUAACCCUGCCAGCCCCCGCGCAUUCGCCGACUGCUGCCGCGCCACAUCUAGACGCCCUAAGUGUUGCGCUGUUACGACUUCUCUCGAGGCCAGCGUCCUUUGCAUUGAUCCUGUAGGAAUCUAA